AUGUCUGAUGGAUCCCUGGAGAAGGCAGUAUCAAAGUACCUCUGGAUGACGGUGUCUCCAGUCCUGUUGGUUGUGGGCACGGUUGGGAACGUGCUCUCUAUCAUAGUGAUGAGCCGUCGAAACCUUCGUGGGAGCCAGGCAUCUGUCUACCUCAUCGCACUCUCGCUCACAGACAUAGUCGUGCUCUACACUGGGCUGCUACGUCACUUUCUGCGAUCUGUCGCGUCGCUGGAUGUGAGAGCCAUGACAGAGCUGGGAUGUAAGAUCAACAUCAUGAUGGUGUACGCCUCCCUCGAUAUCUCAGUUUGGAUUCUCGUGGCCUUCACCUUUGAGAGAUUCCUUUCCGUGUUCACGCCACACAAGGUCAAAUCCUACUGCACACGACUCACGUCCGUCAUUGUCAUUUGCAUCAUCAUCAUACUCCUUCUGGGCCUCAACAGCCACUUCCUUUUUGGAUUCGAGUUCGUCGUGUUCGGAAAAAAUGCCAACUUUAGCGGUAUUACCGUCUGUUAUUACGCCACAGACGAAUACAGAUUGUUUGCACAAAGUGCUUGGCCUUGGAUUGACUUCAGCGUCUUUAGUUUAGUUCCCUUCAUUAUUUUUAUAAUCGGGAAUGUGUGCAUAGCGACACGGGUCGUCAAAAGUCGGAGAACGACGCAGAGGAUAGGUACUCUUGAAACCAACGCCGCCAUCAAUUCAACGGCAAACGGCGGUACAGAAAAUGAACCCAGAACUGUCUCCCGGAUUCGGCACACUGCCCCGGCUUUUCCAGUGCCUCAUGCGAAACGGGUGGAUCGUACAGCAUCGAUGACAGCAAUACUGCUUGUUCUCAACAUCAUGUUCCUCAUCACAACAACUCCUGUAAGCAUUUUCUUUAUCGUUGAACCUUACUGGGUGAAGUGGGCAAAGACGCCUCGAGAAAAAGAAAUAAUUCAUUUAACUUUCACGAUCGUUAAUUUAAUAAUGUACCUCAAUAACGCAAUUAACUUUAUUCUGUACUGCCUGACUGGCUCACGGUUUCGGAGAGAGCUACAUAACAUGUUGUCCAAAAAGCGUCUCAUGCGAGUCUUCCCCGUUCUUCAGGAGAACGAGCACGCAUGUGGCGGACAGAACAACGCCCACAUGGGCGUAGGGAACACGGAGUCAACAGAAGUGGGAGGAGCUCUGCAGCCAAGUAGACGGUCCAAUGCUUUACUCACACCGUCACCCAAGCAUGACGUCACAACAAAGACCGCGGAAACUCAAGACACACCAUGUUAG